ACUCACACCAACCUCAAUUAUACAAAACCCUGAAGAAAGACACACACAGCCAUUGUUGUUUUCCAUUGAUUGAGCGAAAGCUUUGUUUUUUCUGCGAUAAUUUUCAAUUGGGUGGAAGAAAGUCCCAAGCUUUUAGUGAAAGAGCAAGGAUCUGAGAAGAACGAUGUGUGGAGGUGCGAUUAUCUCCGACUUCAUUCCGGCGGGGCCUGCGGGCCGCUCCCGCCGCGUCACCGCCGAUAUCCUGUGGCCAAAUUUGAGGAACGGGAAGCGGUUCUCGAAGCCGGUGCUGGACGAUGACUUCGAGGCUGGCUUCAGAGACUUCAAGGAUGACUCGGAAAUCGAGGAGGACGAGGAGGAGGAGGACGAGGAUUUGAUCAUGGUCGGUGUCAAGCCCUUUGGUGGAUUUUCUCACUCUGCUAAUGCCUCCAAGCCUCUCUCUCGUGGAUCAGCAAGUGUGAAAUCUGCUGAAUCAAAGGGGCAAGCUGAGAAGUGUGCCAAGAGAAAGAGGAAGAACCAAUAUCGCGGGAUCCGUCAGCGUCCAUGGGGAAAGUGGGCAGCUGAGAUCCGGGACCCUAGAAAGGGGGUUCGUGUUUGGCUUGGAACCUUCAACACUGCUGAAGAAGCCGCAAGAGCAUAUGAUGCUGAAGCAAGGAGGAUUCGCGGCAAGAAAGCCAAGGUGAACUUCCCUGAUGAGGCUGCAGGUGUUUCCUCAAAACGCUACAAGGCAAAUCCAGAGGCACAGCCAAUGAAGGAAAGUCUCAGCUCUGUGAAGCCAAAAAUGAACUCAAUGUUCAAUUUUGGUGACAAUCUGGAGGGCUACUACAGCCCUAUGGAUCAGGUGGAACAGAAGCCAAUGGUUAACCAAUUUGUUAACACUGCCCCAUUUGCCGGAAAUGGAGUUCAAGUCUCACCUGUGGUUACUCCAUCUGCUGAUGUUACUGCCUACUUCAGCUCUGAGCAUUCAAGCAAUUCGUUCGAUUAUUCUGACCUUGGUUGGGGUGAACAAGGCCCCAAGACUCCUGAGAUCUCAUCCAUCCUUUCUGCUCCUUUGGAGGGUGAAUCUCAGUUUGUGCAGGGUGGUGCUGAUGAGAAGAAAAACACUUCUCAGGAAAUGAUCCCUGUGCAAAAUGAUUCUGCAAAGACUCUAUCUGAGGAGCUUGCAGACAUUGAAUCUCAGCUGAAGUUCUUUGAGGCCCCUUUCCUUGAUGGAAACUGGGUUGAUGCUUCAUUGGCGUCGUUGCUCAGCAGCGCGGAUGCAACUCAGGACAACCCUAUGAACCUUUGGAGCUUUGAUGACCUGCCUUCCAUGGCAGGAGGAGUUUUCUGAGCAACUUCUUUGUUUAUGUAAAUAAAGCUACAAGAAUUGUGGUCGUGGUGUUGGUGAUGAAGUCACAGCAAGUAACCCGCUUAAGCAUAUGUGGAGUUGAUUAUCUUGUAGCUAAUGCAGUAUAGGACUAUAUAGUUUUUUAGGUAUCCUUUGUCAACUCAAAGACCUCGCUUUCAGGGGAUUUUCUGCUUGAUGUUCAUAAGGAUUAUGUUAUAUAUGGUUCUGAGACACAGUCUUGACUGCUGAUAUAAAUUUUAACUUGGUUGUUUUCAUUGUGACUU